GCGGGGUGGGCCUUGCGCCCAACCCCAGAACCCUCCUCGGCCUCGCCCUCUAAGUGAGGCCUGCGGCGGCGGCGGGGCCGCUCCGGGGCGGGAGCUCGCGAGCAGCUCAGUCGGCGGACGAUCACCCGGCGGAUCCCUCGGUCGGUCGCGCGGCGGAGUCCCAAGGCGCACGCGCGCACGCCCCCCGCGCCCCGCCUCUGCGCGCUUCCGCGUCCCACGACCCCGCGCCGCCCGCCGCGGGCUGCUGAGUGUGGCAUGCGGGACUACGACGAGGUGACCGCCUUCCUGGGCGAGUGGGGGCCCUUCCAGCGCCUCAUCUUCUUCCUGCUCAGCGCCAGCAUCAUCCCCAACGGCUUCAACGGCAUGUCCGCCGUGUUCCUGACUGCGACCCCCGAGCACCGCUGCCGGGUGCCCGACUCCGCGAACCUGAGCAGCGCCUGGCGCAACCACAGUGCCCCGCUCCGGCUGCAGGACGGCCGCCAGGUGCCCCACAACUGCCGGCGCUACCGGCUCGCGGCGAUCGCCAACUUCUCGGCGCUCGGGCUGGAGCCGGGGCGCGACGUGGACCUGGAGCAGCUGGAGCAGGAGGACUGCCUGGAUGGCUGGGAGUUCAGCCAGGACGUCUACCUGUCCACCAUCGUGACCGAGUGGAACCUGGUGUGUGAGGACGACUGGAAGGCCCCGCUCACGGUCUCCUUGUUUUUCGUGGGUGUGCUGAUAGGCUCCUUCAUUUCGGGGCAGCUCUCAGACAGGUUUGGUCGGAAGAACGUGCUGUUUGUGACCAUGGCCAUGCAGACAGGCUUCAGCUUCCUGCAGAUCUUCUCCAGGAACUUUGAGAUGUUUGCCGUGCUGUUUGUCCUUGUAGGCAUGGGCCAGAUCUCCAACUAUGUGGCAGCAUUUGUCCUGGGAACAGAAAUUCUUGGCAAGUCCAUUCGUAUCAUAUUCUCUACGUUAGGAGUGUGCAUAUUUUAUGCAAUUGGCUACAUGCUGCUGCCACUGUUUGGUUACUUCAUAAGAGACUGGCGGAUGCUGCUGCUGGCGCUGACCUUGCCGGGGCUGCUGUGCGCAGUGCUCUGGUGGUUCAUCCCCGAGUCCCCCCGAUGGCUCAUCUCUCAGGGACGAUUUAAAGAGGCAGAGGUGAUCAUCCAUAGGGCUGCCAAAAUCAAUGGGAUUGUUGCACCCUCAGCCAUCUUUGAACCAAGCGAGCUACAAGACCUAAGUUCCCAGAAGCCGCAGUCCCACAGCAUUCUGGAUCUGCUCCGAACCCGGAACAUCCGAAUGGUCACCAUCAUGUCUAUAAUUCUGUGGAUGACCAUAGCAGUGGGCUAUUUUGGGCUCUCCCUGGACACCCCUAACUUGCACGGCGACGCCUAUGUGAACUGCUUCCUAUCGGCAGUGGUGGAAGUCCCCGCGUACGUGCUGGCCUGGCUGCUGCUGCGGCACCUGCCCCGCCGCUACUCCAUGGCCACCGCCCUCUUCCUGGGCGGCAGCGUCCUCCUCUUCGUGCAGCUGGUGCCCCCAGACUUGUAUUAUUUGUCCACCGUCCUGGUGAUGGUGGGCAAGUUUGGAGUCACUGCUGCCUUUUCCAUGGUCUACGUGUACACAGCCGAGCUGUACCCCACUGUGGUCAGAAAUAUGGGCGUGGGAAUCAGCUCCAUGGCGUCCCGCCUGGGCAGCAUCCUGUCUCCCUACUUCAUUUACCUUGGUGCCUACGACCGCUUCCUACCCUACAUUCUCAUGGGAAGUCUGACCAUCCUGACAGCCAUUCUCACCUUGUUCCUCCCAGAGAGCUUCGGUAUCCCCCUCCCAGACACCAUUGACCAGAUGCUAAGAGUAAAAGGAAUAAAAUACAGGCAAACUCCAAGCCACACAAGGAUGUUAAAAGAUGAUGAAGAAAGCCCCACAGUCCUUAAAAGCACAGCCUUCUAACAACCUCUAGUGAGUGAGAAAGUGAAGAGGAAAGACUGGUCUUGUCAGAAACUGUGUAGACGCUGAGUCCUUCAGCGACAGGGUCUUUGCUGUUCAUUCCGUUGACCCUUUGUCUGACAAGCUCGCGGAUGGGCACCUGGGCUCAGAGGCUGCGUGUGGUCCUAGAGCGCCACCUUCCCUCCAGCGACACCGUGGCUACUGACAGACAACUUCAGAGAAGUCCUAACAUGAUGGACAGAGCACUUCCUAAGAAGUGAACUAGAACCAUUGGGAUUUGGAAGAAUAUAAGAGGCAUCUGCUAAAUUUACAUUUUAAUUUCAGACUUCCUGAAAAGGCCUCCUAAUAAAACUGGAGGUCUAAAUCCCACCCUUUACAUAUUUUCUUCGAUUCCCUCUAAUGGUGCACUUUAGAGGGAAAAAGAUCAUUUCAGCCCUGGCUGGUGUGGUUCAGUGGUUAGAGCAUCAGCCCACAUACCGAAGGGUUCUGGGUUCCAUUCCUGGUCAAGGGCACGUACCUGGGUUGCAGAUUCAAUCCCCAGCCCUGGUCGGGUUACUUGAGGGAGGCAACCAGUCCAUGUGUCUCUCUCACAUCGAUGUUUCUCCCUCUCCUUCUCUCCCUUUCACUCUCUAAAAAUAAAUGGAAAAAAAUAUCUCAGUUGAGGAUUAACAACAACAAAAAGAAAUCAUUUUACAGGGAGUUGCAUUUCUCACACUUUCUCAGUUACGAAGGUUAUUAACUGGGAUUAUUGCUUCCUGAGGGCAGGAGAGCUGGGUGUGGGGAAAUUUACAGGUAAUUAACAUGAGGGGAUGUAGAGGUAAAGAACACAGGCAAGGCGUGUACCUGAGCUCUUGGGACACCCAGUGUGAUUACUGGGCAGACUUGUUUACAUCUGAUCAAAGCACGGGGCUGGUCCAGGCCCAUAAUAGACACUUCUUGGAACCCACUAUUGUUUUCAUGCCAAAUGAGUCAAACCUCCUACCUGUUAUGAUGUCCAUGUAUGGUUUGCAGGAGGUGUAUCAGUGAGAAAGAGAGACGAGCAAACUUGUCUCUUCUCUUAAAACCAUAAUAUGGGUUUUGUUUGUGUGUUGUUAUGUCUUUUUCUCAUUACGUUAUUUGCUCUUCAGAAAAGACUUAGGAAAGACUGGUUCCUUAGCCUCUUGGUUUGUGUCUUUUUUUUUCAACCCAGAAUCACUCUGGCAAAGGUCUGCAGUUGCCACUUGUGCAAGGCCUUCCCACUGGCACUCCUGAGUGUGGUACGGAUGUCAUUGUGCGGGUUCCUUUUGUGAUGCCAAAUCAUGGGGGAAAUUACAAAGAAGAAAGUUCAGUCGUGUUCACAGUCUUUCAGAGCUGCUCACUUCAGUCAUAGACAUUGGGAGAGAUUUUGUGUUCCAUGUAAUUGUCCUCUCUUUUCUGAUUGUUACUGUGGUAUUCCUGCAGCAUAUGCUUCACCUGGUUAAAAAACAUUUUUGGGAAAGCUACUGACGUGCCUUGGAAAAUGAAGAUGUUUUAAUAAAUAAAAUAAUUUUUUAAGUAA